AAUGUUACAGCUUUCACAGCCCCUAUAUAAGGGCGCGAAGGUUUCAUUCGACAUCAUCCUGACAUAGCUCAGUGUUCCCUUGCCUCGAGCACCUCUGUUGAUCCAGCACCAAACUCCUUCAGAAUGAAAUCUAUCGUCGCCCUUCUUGUCUGCGUCCUGGUGGCUGGCGCCAUGGCAGGAGAUCUGCUGGCAGGUCCAUUCGGAGGUGUUGGUGUUGGCCUUGGUGUUGGUGCUUUUGGCAAAGGUCUUUAUGGCGGCUUCGGUGCCUACCCCUAUGCUGGCAAGGGUGUGGUUGGAGCCUAUGGUGCAUACCCUUAUGCAGGCAAGGGUGUGGUUGGCGCCUAUGGUGCCUACCCCUAUGCAGGCUAUGGCUAUCCUUAUGGCGGCGUUUAUGGCAAGGGAUACGGAUAUGGUGCUGGCUUUCCCGGCUAUGGCUACGGCUACGGCUAUUAAGGGCUAGACAGUCUGUCUCUCCCUUGUCUUUACUUGUGAAUCAACGCAGUACAGGCUGCAUAUUGUGGAAAUAAAGUUUACAAAAUAA